GCUCGUUCAACAAGCUUCGCAGUUCUUGCAGGCCUUAAUAUUUUUUUCGCCAUCACUGCAUCUCUUGGCAACACUCUGAUCCUGAUUGCUCUUCAUAAAGUGACGUCCAUUUAUCCACCAACAAAACUGUUAUUUCGAUGCCUGGCAGUCACCGAUCUUUUAGUUGGACUUAUUUCUCAACCACUAUAUGUAACUUUUCUCUUUCGCUUUUUUACAGCAUGGAAUGUGAAUAACACUGCAAUUAUGGAUGCAGACAAUUUUUUCUUUUCCCUGCUUCCUGCAGUAUCACUCCUUACAUCAGCCGCCAUCAGUGUGGACAGACUUCUUGCUCUGUUGUUAGGGCUGAGAUAUAGACACGAUGUAACAUUAAGGCGAGUUUGGCUGGUCAUAGUUUGUUUUUGGUCGAUUAGUGCCCUUCAAGCCACAGUUAGUAUAAUCUAUGAACAUCCAAUACUACCCGAAAUAUCCUGGUGGUUAUUCUAUUCCUUGUUAACAUUUUCCUUGCUAGUUUCAGUAUUCUCUUACGUGAAAAUAUUUAAAACCCUUCGUUAUCGACAAGUUCAGGUUCAUCGCAAUACUCAACAAGGACAGCGGCCAAAUGGAGGAGGGGAUCAAUUGAACAUAGCUCGAUACAAGAAGACAGUGUACAGCAUAGCAUGGGUGCAGUUAGCUUUACUUAUUUGCUAUUUUCCAUAUAACUUAUUAGGAUUUUUAAGGUUGUUCGAUAAAGUAUCAUAUUCGACCGAAACAUCUAUUCUUUGGGAAUUGUUCGUGACUCUCCUUUAUUUAAAUUCUUCUUUAAACCCAGUACUUUAUUGUUGGAGGAUCAGAGAUGUGAGACAAGAAGUGAAGAACAUGAUCCGCAAGAUUUUCCGCUGCUUUUAAAAAUUAAUAACUAUAAAAAAGGAACUCUUACAGUGAGCUCAUUUUGCUACGGGUAUCAGAGCCUGUAUACCUUUUGAGACCCAUACAAAGUUAGAAAAUAUCUCAAGUAAUUAAAACAGAAAUUCUGAAAGGGGAUGAUUUUUUUGUUAAUUCAUGUGUCUAGAAAAUUGAUGAUUUUCAUCUGUUAAAAAUGAAAAACAAAUAAAAAUGCUUAAUGUUGGCCACUUUUAUACCUUAUUUACUCUUUUUUCUGUAGGCCUUUACUUAAGAACCACCUUUUUUAUGGUUUACCAAAAAAAGAAUUGUUGUUUUUCAACUUUCGCACAAUACAACCCCAAAUCAGGGCAAACUAAGAAGGUUUAGCUCAUCAGUGAGAAGGCGGGAAAAAGCUGGGGAAGUGAGGGAUGAUAUGUCAACAAGCCUAAUCUUACGCAGUUCAAACUUACAGUUCUAGGGAAAAGAUUUAGGGCAUCCAUCUGGUGAGGGUGAUAGAUAAGAAUUUUUAGUCUGACAAUUCGAUAUAAGAUUUUUUUGUGCAGUGAACAUAGUGCGAUACAGAAAGACUGAACAGUCAGUAUAUAGCUGAGCAUAUAAUAGGUGUAGUUGACUUUACUUGUUUGCUAUGCUCCUUUAGUUACAGCAUAGCAUGCGCAUUGUUUAUAGGUCUGGCAAUUAAACUGCCCGAAAUAGAGCGGUCGAUGUGGGGCAGGAUAAAGAUGUGCAAAAAUACAAGAAGUGAAGAACAUUAAUUAUUCGCAAAUAUUGCAGUCGCUCUCAAAAUUCAGGGUAACAAAGUUAGAAUAAACGACAGGUCGAUUGUGUAUUAUCGAGACCACAGAUCUUGAUUACGAAUUUAUUUUUAAAUAAAGAGCUUUCCACUGGGAAAGAGAGGUUGCAGUGCCACCCCACCUAUUUCCAAACACCACCAUCCGAGACUACUAUACGGAAAAAGUCGGGUCUCAGAGUGUUAAAACAUCAAACAUUAAGACAAAUUGAAAGAGUUGUUGUGUUUGUUAUAGUUAUCGUUUACCCAGCUAUUUGAACUUGUUUUUUAAACGUUCACGUAUGGUGCUCUAGAAUUUGAUUGUGGAGGGAGUCCAGAGCAGAAAAGACGUUCACAAAACUGUCGGACAAAGUAUAUGAAAAUUAACAAAACAGAAGCUUUGACUGUGCUCUGUUCUGUUGUAAAGCACGCAGAAAGCGGCUAGAGCUUGAAAAAGGGAAACACGAGACGCAGUUUGGGAGUGUUUGUCUCUACUUCUUGAGUGUUAGCCCUCACUUUAACUUCUCUAUUUUUCCUUAAUUCCCAUUACUCCCUGCUCGCGCUCUGCGUUCGUUCCAAUCAGGGUUGAUAAAGGUUGGGCGGUGAAACGAGCGCUCCGCUCUUAAUUCAAUGAUUGAUGGGCAGUAGGACUGGCACGAGCGCUCUUUCCGCGCUUCCGGUACGCUUGAAGGCCGGUGAAAUUUUCCUUUUUGCAAACCGGAAAUCCUAUUUUCUUUCUGUAAUUUUAGGCUACAAUGUUAAAUAGAUAAAUUUGUUUUAUAACAAUAUUAAUAAACAGUUUGAUAUGUUAAUGUUCGUGUGCCUAAAAGUCAAACUUGUUGGUCGUGUAAUGCCAAAAUUUGAGUUCAAUUUGAAAGUGUUGAAGGCCUCCUCCUUCCGCUAAAUAUCACCUAAUCGUCUUUCGCCGUUUCGUUUCUAAAAGCUUAACACUUCUCAACCGUAAUUUUUACAUAUGGUAAAGGGGGAUAAAUUUUACAUAACAUAACAAAAAAUUAGCUUGAUAUAUUUUGAUAUAGUGGCGUUGUAGUACUUCAAACAUUGCUUCUCGGGAGGAACGCGCUAUGGCGAUUCGCGCAAUGCGUCGCAAAUCCGGCAACCGCAUGUAAACAAAAUUUAUUGAGGUUAAUUGUAAGGUUUUUUCUCCGUUUUUCUCUCUAAAAAAAGACAAAUGAAACAGUAAACACUGAGGGAAAACUAAUUUUGAAGUUCCGAAGAAACAGAAAGACGUACGACCGAGAUGUUUUUUUCAAAAUUAAAAUAAGGAUGAUGGUGAUUGAAAUUAGCAUAAUUACACCUUGCACGAGGUGCACGCAUUUAUAAAAUACAUGCGUCCAGUCUAGUUAUGAAAAACCAUCUGCUGUCUUUUACUUUGCCAUGGAUGACAUGGAUGAGAUUUUCCUUCGUGUUUUAGACAGUAUUUAGUUGUUUUUGUUUUGGUAUAACAUCGGCAUGGGCGUAAUAUAACGAAAAUAUAAUUCAGUGGUAGAGUCAUGGAAGUAACCAGAGAAACCAUUUGAAAGAGAUGUUUGUUUACUCCAACUAAACCUCCCACAAAAAAUUAGCAACAUUUGCCUCUUAGAGACAACGUACCAGCAGAAAGGAACGAGGAAGAAGUGCAAGAAAACAACUCGAGCCGCCAUAAUUCAGUGACAGUGGCAGUGUCAAAAGAACAAAUAAACCACAUCGCCCUGACCGAAGUCGAAAACAGGCGGCAUUUCUAGACAGAGUCCCAGUCCACUGCAUCACACCUUCUUGCUCGGACGCGCUCGUUUCACCUUUAUCCGCCCUGGUUCCCAUCAUUCCCUAUCGCGCUUCUCGCUUGUUGUUUCUCGCUUUCUUCUUUUUGGCUCGUUAACUGCUCACCACAGCGCCUUGGAAAAGGCUGUGUGGAGGAGGCAGAACUAUUCAUACAUGUAUGUUGGGAUGGAAGAUAUACGCAAGGAGUACGUUUUCUGGCAAAAAUGGUAUAUAAAACGGUAAGGGGCUGGACCUCGAGGCGGAACCUCCCUGUAUAAAACUUUGUUCAGUACCCCCGGAGGUAACACCUACUAGAGUGAACCCUUCAAUCAACUCAAAUUUUUUCACUGCAGUAUAAGAAAAUUAAUCAAUACUCUAGAAAGCAUUCGAAGCUAUUUAAAAAUAAUAUAUAGAUUUAGCCACGCCUAAAAGCGGAGCUCCCGAUUUCAUUACAAUAAUAAUAACGAUAAUAAUGAUGAUGAUGAAGAUCGUUUUAUUCACACUGGUACACAAUACGAUAUAACCUCGUUGCAAAUACUGAUACUUCCCAGUCGGUAUCGGGAUGUAAUCUAGCCUACGUGUAGCCGCAACCCACUCCCGACAAAGGAAGAAGAGGAGUCAAAGAAAGCUACGAAAAAAGUACAACGUAGUUAGAUAAGGUUUAGAGAGCAGGAAAGAAAAAGGUCUUAAAAGUUGAAACUAAAACUAAAACUCUAUAACUUUAAAACAGCACAAGAAAAGAUUAACUUAUCCAAGGUGAAUUCACACAACAAAGUUAUAUAUGGUAUAAUAAAUACAUUAAUUUCAUAUACUGGAAAUGCAGAAUGAAGAAAUAAAUUCAGGGAAGAUCACCACAGUUAUCAAUGCAACUUUGGCACUGUACCUAACGUACCUAACCAUUCAUACAGUCAUUCUCCAAUUUCCACAGCAGCUGGUCAAUUAGCCUGGCAAUUCCUCAGAGAUUGUGGUGGGAAACAGUUAGAUGUCAUGUGACCUCGAAGUAACUAACGAGAAUGGUGCUGGGAAAUAUUUAGAUUCUUGGAAAACAAAAUUAACUGUUUCCCAUGGGCCAAGUCUUUAAGUGAUUUGUGAUGUUAAUAUUUUAAAAAAUUUAUAGCUGCAUGGAAUUUCAUUAAACCUCCCUGGAAUGUAAGUUGUUGGUCAUUCACGGGUAAUAGUGCACUGUUACCCUCUGAUGUGAAUGAUUUUUGCGAUGUUGCCUGCUUAGAGAAUAUUGGCACCAAAAAGUUUCUUUGUUAGAUGUCAGGUGACAUUGAAAUAACCAAUGAGUGUGCACAUGGUUGGAAAGAAAUUUCCACCUAUAAUAACAAUGUUUCUUAAUAUAUCAUUGUUGUUGGAGAGAAAAAGGAAUGGACUGGAUUCAAGUAAAUAAAAUCUUUUCUUCUGUCAUCCUCCGUUUCCACUUCACCAGGCUUUGGAAACUCAUAGUCCACACCAACUGCCCUUGCUCUAGCAAUUAGGCGGUCAUCUUCUAAGUGGCUACUAUUAUUUACUUCUGGAAGAGGUUGCUGUGUUUCCUGCACGUUGCUUGCUCCCUCAAUUGGGCCAUUUUCUACUGCAGGAGUGUGUUGUUCCAACUCUUCUCCUAGUAAAUGAAUUAUUUGUAUUAACCAACUACACAAUUCAUAUAAGCUAUGGGGCUAGUGGAUUCUAUUUUUUAUCUUGCCUGAGGGAUAAUAGAGUUGCGAUUCUUGGGCUAUCAGAUGCAAGCUACAGCCUUCCCGAAGGACAAGCACAAAACUGACCUCCUUUUCUUCGCACCCUAGUACUGCAUGCUUGUAUAACUGUACAAGAAUUACUAUUAUAAAGCUGUAUCUGUGGAAGUGUUCUCAAAACCUGAUUUCAAAUACAAAAUACACAAUAUUUCUACUUUUGAAACUUCGGAUAAUACAACAACCUUGACAAUCAUUUUCUAAGUGCUGAUAUUUCAUAAACCAGUCAUCAAAUAUAAUGGGAGUGACCCAACCAAUGAACUCAUUAUUAUGAUCCAAAAAAUUAUUAUCUCUAUGAGAAUUCAAUGUAUUUUAACUUUGUCCUAGUCAAAGUAAUGCAACCCUAAGGUAAGUUUUCCCAUAAUAAUAAUGCACGAUCAAAUACAAACAGAACAAAAAUCCUACAAUUCAGUCAUGGAUAAUUAAGUGCAGACAUGAUGACUUGUCAUGUUUACCACAACAAGAACACGACAAAAGGUCUAAUCAAUGAAUUAUACAGUGUUUUUGUUUCAAAUAAAUAUGAUGAAUUCUGGGACUCAUCUUGUGAGAAAUCAUGAGUCCCAGUCCAGAACCAAUGAGUCUCAGUUAAAAAAAAUGAGUCCAAAAUGGAAAAUGUUUGGGCCUUUAUGUACCAGCCGCAGACAGUUAAUCUGAAGACACAUUCCAAAACUCUGUAUUAUAGUAUACUGAAAUUAAAAUAUAGUUCUUCUAUUUUAAAGCAGAAGUCAACAAAGGCUAAAACAAAUAUGCAUCACUAAACAACAACCAUAACUGCCACAGAAAUUACACGUCGGGAUAUUUCUACAAAUACACACGUUCAGAUCGAUAUAUCCAUGAAUUAUUUUAUGUCUUUGGCGAUUUUUAUGUGUCAGGAACAUAGAUAGAAUGCAGAGGUAACAAAAUCACUGAUUAUUUAGCUGCUCUUUUGAGUCCAUGUAAAAAAUAUAUAUAUGAAAGUUUUAACAUUCUUAUUUGUUACACACACACGCCCACCCACACCUUUAUUAAUUUCAAAAUCUUGGGUACAAAAAAAAAAAAAAAAACUCACAAUGAAUAAAUAAAUAAAAAUAAUCAGGUAAAUUCAUAAAAUAAAACAUUGACAAAAAAAAGUGUUACAAGAAAAAGGAAAGAUUACUUAGGUAAGACAACAGAGCAUAAUUAAUUACACCAAAAAGGGGAAGUUUUAAAAGUAUACAUGCUUCCCACCAGCAAAUUGUGGCAUUAAUUAGUUCUGAUAAAUUUCUAUUGUUUAUUAGCCCAAUCACAGUUUUUCAUUCUCUGAUAAAAUUGCAUUAUAUUUCUUUCUUUUUGCAUUAUGUUUCCUUGUUUUUGCAUUGUGUUUACUAAAAAGUACACUGCUCUAAGCCAAUCAAAUUCACAGAGAAAUUUUUUCAUGUAUAUUAUUAACUUUCAUAAUAAAAUACCAUCUACCAUAAACAACUACCGGUAUAUCAGUACCUGCUGAAUGAUUUUGCUCUUGUUCACCUGGCAGAGAGCUUCCCAUGCUACAUUCAAGUUGGAGGACUUCACUUUCAUGUUCUUCUAUGGCUAAGAAGAUAAGAUAUAAUCUUAAUAAGUUGGGCAAGCAGAUUGUGACACCUGAGGCUGAUUGGUUCUUAUAUAUUUCUAUUGUUCAGUGUUAUCCAGAAGUUUUAGAGUAGCCAGCUCCCAAAGCAAAGAAACUGGUGCCUGACACCAAGCACUGAUAAAGCGAGUACUGUAUCUAAGGGAGGGGUUUGGGGACAUUAAGCCCAGAGAUCUGAGAAGUUUUGCUCAUGAUUUAUAAGCUUUUCCAGAGUUCUCCCAAGAACCAAGUGAGUUAUCAUGCUGGUAAAUCCAUAGAAAAUGUGGUCUUUUACUUUUAUAAAAUAACUUUAAAGCAUGUUUCAGUUUACUAUGAGAUUACCAGCACAAUAAACUAUUGGUUUUAACCAAUCAGAAUGCAUGUACUGUCUUAGUUAUUUUAUAAUUAAAAAUAUUAUCUGGCAAUGUCUCAUCAAAAAUCAUUCAGUAAAUAUAUCGAUAAUACCAUUAGCAAAAGGCAAAUUGUCAUACACCAAAGAGCUUUUUGUACGACAAGUUAUUGUUUUUGUUUCUUUUAGGACCUUCUGAAAAAUUCAAGAUAAAAGGUACAGACAGGUUUUUUUUACUGUUUUGAGUCAUAAGAGUAGCCAGUGAAACCACCAGUCGCCUGCGCUUCUGGAGAACACUGAUUGUUCACAGGUUUUCAUUCUCUGAGAAAUUUGCACUUUAUUUCCUUAUUUUUGCAUUAUGUUUCCUUGUUUUUUACUGUACUGUUUACUAAAAACUGCACUGCUCUAAGCCAAUCUCAUUCAAGAAAUUUUUCCAUGUAUAUUAUUAAGUUUUAUAAUAAAUACCAUCUACCAUGAACUAUAUCAGUACCUGCUGAUUGACUUUGCUCUUGUUCACCAAGCAGAGAGCAUUCCAUGCUACAUUCAACCUGGAGGACCUGACUUUCAUGUUCUUCCAUGGCUAAGGAGAUAAGCAAGCAGAUUGUGACACCUGAGGCUCAUUGGUUCUUAUAUAUUUCUAUUGUUCAAUGUUCUCCAGAAGUGUUAGAGUAGCCAGCUCCCAAUGUAAAGUAACUGGUGCCUGACACCAAGUGCUGGUAAAGCGAGAGUACCGUAUCUAAGGGGGGGUUUGGGGGCAUGAGGCCCAGAGAUCUGAGAUGUUAAGCUGGUGGUUUACAAGCUUUUCCAGUCUUCUCCCAACAUCCCAAGUGGGUUAUUACACCAGCAAACCCUUAGAAAAUGUGGUCUUUUACUUUUAUAAAAUAACUUUAAAGCAUGUUUCAGUUUUCUAUGAUUUUACCGGCACAAUAAACUAUUGGUUUUUAACCAAUCAGAAUGCACGAACUAUCUUAGUUAUUUUAUAAUUAACAAUUAUUCCACGAGGGCACGUUGGAUAUGAGAUGGUAAAUAGCCAACGAGACGCAUAGCGCCGAGUUGGCAAUUAUAAUCAUCUCAUCCAACAAGCGCAAGUGGAAUAAUAAUUAUUUUAUUAAAAAACGCCCACAAAAUCCCUUUGAAUCUUGUUAGAACAAACCAGAAAAGACAAGGGAGUUCCGCUAUUCACAUGUCACAUGUCUAUCAGAACUGUCAACGCGUGAACCGACUCGCCUGGACUGGAUGAAUGAAAAAUCAAAACAUUGUAGAGAUGAACACUUUUAAAAAACUCAUCGAGAUUCUAGGAUUUUACACAGUGGGACAGCUAAAAAACCUGGCAGAUAAUGUGAAGAAAAAUAAUUCUUAACAGCCAUCAAAAUUACUGUGAAUUUGGAUUUUUGGAGCAGUUACAAAAAAAGUAAGAACAACGGAGAUAAACUAUUACCUUGGUCGCUUGUUAUGAAGUUGUUUGAAGCCACAAGCUGGUUUUGCUGAACAAGAAAAGAAGCUUUACUGACGCCUCGAUUGCUGUAGUGAAUGGCUGCAUAGCCUGUAUUCUGGUUGCUUGUGAUUUAUAUUCUUCAUGUCGGAUAAACAAGCCGCAGCUAUCUAUCGGCAAGUGCCUCAGCGAGUGGCUUUGCAACCAUGAAUAAACAACACCUGUCUUCUUUUGUAGCUGUUCAAGGCACUUUAGUUCCAUGUAUUUUCAUGUGUUUUUCGAUAAACGUUCAAACAAGCUCUUGUGGCUUUUUUUUUGUUUGUUAUUUUCCGAUGAAAUUGCAUGUUUUUAGUAUUCUAAGAAAUGAACACGAUUUGCUUGGGCGCCGUUUUAUCCUUCAGCGGAAAAAAAUGGAACUUACAAAAAUUCAAGAUAAAAGUUACAGACAGUUUUUUUUUUAUGUUUUGACUCAUAAGAGUAGCUGGCACUUUGGAAAAGAGUUCCCAGUGAAACUGCCAGUUGCCCGCGCUGCUGGAGAACACUGAUUGUUUAUUAGCCAAUCACAGGUUUUCAUUCUCUGAGAAAUUUUGCACUUUAUUUCCUUAUUUGUGCCUUAUGUUUCCUUGUUUUUGUACUGUGUUUACUAAAAACUGCACUGCUCUAAGCCAAUCUGAUUCAAGAAAUUUUUCCACGUAUAUUCUUAAGUUUUAUAGGAAAAUUCAUUACCUGACGAGGGAAUUCCAUGUUAAAUUGCACACGAAAACCGAUAUUGGUUUUCAAGUGCAAUUUAAUGUGGAAUUCAUGAGUCAGGUAAUGGAUUUUCCUUGAAUCGCAUAAUCGAAUAAAAAUCAGAAAAAAAAGAAAACACCAAUAAUACUGUUUGUUUUUAUCCUGAGCGCACGCCCCAGAAAGCCAUUUCAAAGUCAAAUGUCAAACCUGUCAUUGCGUUAGCGAAUAGGAAGCAAGGUCAGUCAUACACGUUUGAACCUUUGACAACUUUUUUUGUACCUUGUGCUUGUUUUUACAUUUGUUUUCAAACUUUUUUACACAUGAACAAGCUUCACACUAAUUGUAAGGAUAAAUAGAGGCAUUUCAUUGAAUUUACAAGCCGUUAUCUAUAGCAUCCUUUUUCAAAUUGGUCAUUUGCUCGCGAAGGAAAAUAAUUUACACCUUUUACCUCUUCGGUAGCAAAACUGAAAGAAAUGAAGUGUCCAAGGCAAAGCACUGAUUUUAACGUUGCGAUUGAUAUAAGGUAAGUACCUUGAAACGUUUUAAAAAUGCUGUUCAAGUUCAGCUCUGUUUUGUACUUUUCUAAGUACCAUGAUUCAGGAUGAAUGCAAGUGGCAUACUCUUUUUUGUGUUUUCAGGGACCAUGUGAUCUUUGAAGGUAUUUAUUUCUUCUUCUGUAUAUGUGACAAUUGACCCUGGCACUUCCUCCAUUGUCGCUUCUCCGUUUUGUUUGUUUGAAUUUGGCUUGCCACUUUCUGGGCUGUGUUCACAGGAUUUUCUUGUUUUC